AUGUUCGAAACUGGUAUGAUCGAAUUGAAAAGAAAUGACGUUGAGAUAUCAGAUAUUGACCCUCAGGUAAUGGAUGAAUUUCUGUUGUUUAUGUACACCGGCUAUUUGGAGAGAUCAUUGGAUGAAACAGCUGAGGAACUCUACGCGAUAGCUGAUAAAUAUGAUGUUCCUGCAUUGCAGAAAAAAUGUUCGUCUUUUCUGAAAUCGAAUCUCAAUGCGAGAAAUGUGUGCAGAAUUCUGGAGUUAGCCUGUAUUCAUUCCGAUGAUGACUUAUACAAAAAUGUGUUAGAGUUUUCAUGUGAACAUGCAGAAGAAAUUUUUUCUACUGAUGAAUGGAAAGAUGUCGCGAAAGAGAAUUGCCGUAUAAAGCUUCUGCAGGAUAUGGUACGUCAGAAAAAAACUUAG